GACUGAAGAAAAUACAAAGAGAGUGGUUGGGACAUAGUAUGUCUACACACCCAUUUUUGUUCUCUACAAUACCAUAAUCUACUUACAUGUGAUUGACUUUUCAUGAUGUUAUGCAGUGGUUAUAUGGCACCAGAAUGUGCUAUUUAUGGGUUGUUCUCGGUAAAAUCUGAUGUCUUUAGCUUUGGUGUUCUCUUGCUGGAGAUAAUAAGCGGAAAGAAGAACAGAGGGCACCAGUAUAAUCUUAUUGAACUCGCAUGGAGAUUGUGGAACCAAGAGAUGGCACUUGAACUGAUCGAUACAUUAGUCGAGGACUCAUGCAUUUUACCUGAAAUAUUCAGAUGCAUCCAUGUGGGUCUCUUGUGUGUGCAACAACUUCCAGAUGACCGGCCGAACAUGUUAUCAGUGGUUAUGAUGCUGAGUGGUGAGAGUGCACUGCCUCAACCAAAACAGCCUGGUUUCUUGAUAGAAGUACAUAAUGAAGGUCAUCCUUCAUCAAGCAAGAAUGAAUCUUGUUCAGCCAAUGAGAUGACUGUUACAUUGUUGGAGGCUCGUUAGUAGAUUUCCAUGUUGUUCCCACAGAAUGGACUGAUCAAUACUGGUAAAUGAUUGAUAGUUUGCUAUUUUAUAGUCUUUGAAAGUUAGUUAUAUGUACAAAAUAGUGUUCUCAUUUUAAGAAAUAGAGCUUAUGCGAAGAAGGAAGGCAUCUUGAACUGAUUCAUGCAUUAUUAAUGGAUUUGUGCAGCUUACCCGACAAAUCCAUUAACAUCUAUAAUUCCUUGUAAAUGAUUAUCUUAGGUCUCUCUCUCUCUCUCUCUCU